AUGUCUGGACGGGCGGUUCGAGCUGAGACACGCAGUCGGGCAAAAGAUGACAUCAAGAAAGUGAUGGCAGCCAUCGAGCAUGUCCGCAGAUGGUGAGGCAUAGGGGCUGGAGGAACUUUUGGAGGGACCUGGCAUCUCUGGAUGCAUCCGUUUUUAGAAGGGUUGUGAGCUGGUUGCCGCGGUGCAGGUGGCGAGGGGUCGAUUUGGGCUUUGGGGUGCAUGUGGCACAACACCUGUCUGGUUCGGAAGGCUUGGCAGCUGUGUUUUGGGCUGCAGGGAGGGGCUGCAGCUCAGUGCUAGAGCAGAAGGCCCCAGUUUCAAACCUUGGUGUUCCUACAUGAGGCUGGGAAUGUCCCUUGUCUGAAACCUGUGUGAGCUGCUGCCAGUCUGUGUAGGCCAUAUUGGACUAGUUGCACCAAUGAUCUGACCUGCUGUAACUGCCUGUGCAUUCCAAACCAAAGUUUCACACUGGGAAGCACACGAUCCGUUUCAUGCAGUUUUGCGAAUGUUUGCCAAAUGCAUUUUGGGAUGGGGAUUGUCGAGUUUUGUAUUUUUUUUAGGCAGUUCCCUCACUGUGAGAAGCCAAGUUACAGGGAACCAGGCAGAAGGCCUUUUCGGUAGUGGGGCCCACCCUGUGGAAAGUCCUACCAUCAGAUGUCAAGGAAAUAAAUAACUAUCUGACUUUUAGAAGACAUCUGAAGGCAGCCCUGUUUAGGGAAGUUUUUAUGUACAGUGGUACCUCGGGUUAAGUACUUAAUUCGGUCCGGAUGUCCGUUCUUAACAUGAAACUGUUCUUAACCUGAGGCACCACUUUAGCUAAUGGGGCCUCCUGCUGCUGCUGCGCCGCCGGAGCACGAUUUCUGUUCUCAUCCUGAAGCAAAGUUCUUAACCUGAAGCACUAUUUCUGGGUUAGCGGAGUCUGUAACCUGAGGUGGAUGUAACCUGAGGUACCACUGUAUUUUUAAGGUAUUUUUAAUCUUUGUUGGAAGCCGCCCAGAGUGGCUGGGGAAACCCAGCCAGAUGGACGGGGUACAAAUAUAUUAUUAUUAUUAUUAUUAUUAUUAUUAUUAUUAUUAUUUCAUCUACUGGUAUUGGUGGUGUGGGAUGAUCCUAGAUUUGGCAGCCAAGAAAUUACCACAUUUGCUUCCUUUCCAGGGAGGGCUUUUGAAAAGCACUGCUUCCUUUCCAUUAUUUCUUCCUCACAGCCCCAACGUUAGGUGGGAUGAGGCAGAGUAAGCCAGCCUGAUGCCCUCCAGAUGUUGCUGGCCUACAGUUCCCUUCAUCUGUGACUAUUGGCCUUACUGGCCGGGGCUGAUGGGAGUUGUAGUCCACAACACCUGGUAUACACCGCCUUGGCUAUCCUUGGCCUAAGGCUACAUAGCGAGGUCAUAGCAGAGGUGGAAUUGGAACUGAAGGCUUCCUGAUUCACAGUUCUGUCCGUUAGCUGAUACAUUACGCCAGCUCAGGAUUGCGUGACGGGGCCUUCUCGGUGGUGGCUCCGAGGGCUGUAUAAUAUUCUUCCCAAGGAAGGCUGCAUCCACCUUGCUGCUUGUCUUUUGAUGAGCAACUAAAAUGUCUUUCUUUAUGAAAACAUUUGGCCCACUUUAGUUGCUGGUGGUGGUCCAGUUUCCAUCUGACUCAUUUUUUUCUUUUAUGGCUGUUUUUAAGGUUUUUAAAUUUUUGUUGUUGCUUUUAUAUAUUUGCCAUUAUGAGCCACCGAAGGUUCUUUAGUGGAAUGGCAGGAUAUUAAAUGUUUCCUUAUAUAAAUGCAUGUGUAAUAUAAUAUUUAGGAUCCCCUUCCCAUCAAUUGGUUCUCUGUAAAUGACUGCACACCAGGAGGUUGUAAUGAGUGGGUGCUGCUGGGAAUUUCCCUGAGGUAAAAUAGGUUGUGGGGUUCACAUGGGAAGCUGCAAUUUGCAUAAUUAACAAUAUUAAUUAAUUAAUUAAUAACACUCACACCAUUUGCUGUUCUCUGCUUCCUAGGGAAAAGCGGUGGGUGACGGUUGGGGACACAUCUCUUCGGAUCUACAAGUGGGUACCUAUUGUGGACCCCCGAGAUGAGGUAAGGGGAAGAGUUCCAUCUCUAUAUUUAUUUAGCUCAGUUUAUAUAACACUUAAUUUUUUAAAAAGACGUUUAUAUAGGAAAGUAUAAAAUUUUCAUUAAAAACUGUAAUAAAAACAGUAGACAUAAUAAAAGGGGUCUAAAGAUAGAUAAAAUCAACAGUACAUAAUGAAAUUACAUGUCUUUUUUUAAAAAAAGUCAACUUUUUUUAUACUUUUCACUGAUUUUACAAUCAUUUUGACAUUUCCAAACUUGACUUCCUCCCCCCACCCUUUCUGCGGUUCCUUAAAUUUAUUUUUAAUAUCUUCUGCAUAUCCUAAUUAACUAAAUUUGCUCAUUUGUUCAUCUUCUUUAAAUAUAUGCUCUUACGAAACUGCAGAUUAUUAUAAUAACCCUGCCAAUGUUCCUAUCUGUUUACAACUUAUCUGUAAGUAUUCAAUAAACCAUUUCUAUUCUUUUAUUAAAAAGUUUGUUAUCUUGAUUUCUUAUUCUUCUGGUUUCGCCAUUUCUGCAUAUUCCAUAAGUUUUUGUAUCAUUCUUCCUUUGCUGGGACUUCUUUCUAUUUUUGGGAAUGAAAUCACAUGUCUAGUGGGUAGGCUUUCCUAAGCAAAGAAGUGUUUAGCUGGUGUUGAAAACAGUACAGCGAAGGCACUGUUGGGGUCUGCUAAUCGGGCCCAUGCUGCCUUGGUCACUGAAAAGCCAAUAAAUGCCACAGACAGAGGAGAUUCCCAUAAACACUCCUUUAUUCAGCUGAGUAAAACAGAGCAGGCAAGGCACACUCACCAGUGUGAUGGUGAAGCCGCCCCAAAUAGACUUUGUUCACACUUUAUAUAGUCAUCCCCCCUCCCUUUCCCCCUUUUGAGGUUCCUUGCGCUGAUUGAAACAGGACACCCUGCCUGGAGACCUUGAAGGGGAGAGUUGCCUGUCAGAGGGAGGUUUUCCUGAAAAUCGCCUAGCAACCUUAUCUGGCCUUCACAUAUUUGUGGCUCACCCUCCUAAAUUCUAAAGCAGGCAUAGGCAAACUCGGCCCUCCAGAUGUUUUGGGACUACAGCUCCCAUGAUCCCUAGCUAGCAGGACCAGUGGCCAGGGAUGAUGGGAAUUGUAGUCCCAAAAAACACCUGGAGGGCCGGGUUUGCCUAUGCCUGUUCUAAAGCAGGCAGUUUUUUUUUACAGAAGCAAAAUGGCAUCUGUUAGGCUAAGCAAAAAAACAGGACAAGAACAGGCCUCUGUGGCUUUUCCUGAGACCCCACAGCGCCUGACUAAUAUCAAUAGGCAGGAAGUUCCAGAGAAGAGGCCCUGCCCUGCUAAAACAUCGAUUUCUCUCAAGCUCCCUUUCCUAUCCUCUUGAAGGCUUCCCUUAUUUCUUGGCUCCCUUUCCUUCCUCGACAGGAGAAGAGGCGGCUGGCAGGCAACAGCGAGCAGCAGCGGACCAAAGAGCGAAGAGCCCGCAUGCCCAGCCCUCGCAGGAACCCAGCCCUGCUCAUGCUGGACCUCAAUGGUACAUUGUGGAAGGUGGGGGGGGGCAGGAGAGGGGAGGGGAGGGGCAAACACUUGUCAGGCCCCGGAGAAAGGAUACUUACAAGGCCCUGCCCACAUGGCUGCCUGUGACAGUUUGUUGGGUCGUAUAUCUAUUGACCCACUGAGUCUGCUGCAACAGCCCUGCAAUAAAUUUGAUUUAUUGCCACUCCAACAAACUUCCAGCGGUGCCCACAUGCUUCCACUCCGCGCGCUGCCACUCUCCCCAGUUGCUGGGUGAUAGCAGAGUUCACACGCGGCAGCAGAUGGCUUGUCUGUGUCCACGUGGUGUCCUUAAUAACGCAGACACCGGGGCUUCUAAUCCAAAACUCUUUAUUUAGUAGCACUCAAAACAGAAAAGAAAACCUGCAGAAUCUAGCUGCAUGUUCGCAGCUCUCUGCCUCUUAACAAAAAGCGAAAGGACCUUGUUAACGCCAGCAGACAGACUGCUCUCCAGAGAGAGCUCAGCCCCCACAGAGCACAGAUCAAAGGAACAAGCAUGGAUCAUGUGGGCAGUGCCCCCAGUUGAUAAGAGUGCUCCUGGAGUGUUAACCCCUGACAGUCCAGAACCGUAACACUGCCCAGGCCUCUUCCACCACACUGGUUCUCCAAAGGUUUUCCCCAAAGGUGAUCUGAAAUUUAACUUUGGGAAGAGAUUCUGCUUGCUGCUUCUGGAAAUUAAGCAUAUCCAGGAGAGUGUUUACUUCAGUGGUGUCUAUGUCAGCCGUUUUGUGACUGGUGCCCCUGCCACGCUCUUAGAAAUUCAAAACGUGCCCCCUAGUCCAUAAAGGUUGGCGCCCCCUGCUCUUGGCUACUGUUUAGAAAGAAGCAUUUUGAAAGAGGGGGACGUACCCAGUUUUAGAAGCAAAGGGGGGCUUGCAGCAGAGGUGGAGUCUAGGAUCCUGCUCCCCUCCCCUAUGGCUUGCCUCCCCUUCUUCUGUGGCCUCUUUCCAGAGGUGCCACUCUGCCAGCCCAAGCGGUGGCAUCGGAAUAGGGUUCUGCAAAGUUAAAGGAAAAUAUUUCAUAUCUGUUCCUUAAUUCGGGAAGACGCUUCCCUUUAUUGCUUAGUGGGCCUCUCCUUACAUCUCGUGUGUGACAACUUUCCGUAAAUCACUGAUGUGAUGUUCUGUAGGUAGAAGAACUUCCUUCCCGUCAUGUUUUUUUUAUCAUGUUUUCAUAUUUUUUUUAAAAAUAUUAUUUUCAUUUAUUAAAUUUGUAUACAGUACGGCCCUUCAUCAGAUGAUCUCAGGGCAGUUCACAGCAUAAAAACGCAGAAUAAAACCACAAAGCACAUAACAAGAACAAACUAAUAACUCCUCCUUCCACAUUUAAAAGGACAGAGAUGGUUAACCAGGCAAAGGCUGAAGAAGAAAGUUUCCCCCUGGUGCAUAAAGAUAUACAGUGGUACCGCGGGUUACAAACACUUCGGGUUACAGACUCUGCUAACCCAGAAGUGGUACCUCAGGUUAAGAACUUUACCUCAGGAUGAGAAUGGAAAUCGUGUGGCUGUGGUGCAGCAGCAGCGGGAGGCCCUAUUACCUAAAGUGGUACCUCAGGUUAAGAACAGACCUCUGGAACGAUAUUAAGUUUGCAACCCGAGGUACCACUAUAUAAUGAAGGCACCAGCCGAACCUCUCUGAAUCGAGGUGAUGAUGGUAUUGGGGAGGCUAUUCACAAUUCCUCUCUCGAUAUUCUUUGCACCAGCAAAAGUUUUGGGGCAGUCAUACUGCUUUGUUUGCAAUCAGCGUAGGUCCCGUAACUUCUUGCUGAAAUCCUUUCCCUUUUUCUGCCACAGAUGUUCCAGGUUUUGUCCCUCUUUCGUUAGGCUGAAGUGCAGGAGUGUCUCUCCAGAAAGCAAUAGUGUGAGAACAUUGGGGAAGCAAACCAGAACCAAUUACAAAGUGGAAUGAUGGGUGGACAGUGGUAAUCAUACACUGUUCAUCAUUCCCCCCCCCCCAUCAUUUUUAAUUUGUAUACUGUCUUUCUAUCUUACAAUACUCCAGGCGGUUGACAAGCUGAAGAAACAAGAAAUGUACAUCUUAUAACAAUCUAACUCAAUACAAAAAUGUGAUAAUAAAACAAAACUUUAAAAUAAGCAGCCUACAUCAAAAAAGUAACAUUCAACAAUCAUUAGAAUAGUAUAAAGUAAUAAUAUCAACAUAUAAAAGUUAAACAGAAAUCCACUCAACAGUUACAAUAAGUAAUUUCUAAACUAUAAUCAAUAAAACAACGGCAAGCCACAGUACAUAAAAUACCAGUAAUACAAUACAAAUUGAGAAGCAGAGACUAGAGGGUGGGGCAAGGCAGGUGGACAGAGGCCUUGCCUGAUGGAAUCUCUCCCCUCACAGUUCUUCCUCCAGGCACAGCUUCCUUAUGAGGAGUCCCAGGGCCAGGGCAGGGAGGCAAGGCAGGUGGAAGGAGGCCUCGCCUGAUGAAGUCUCUCCCCUCACUCUCCUCUCCCCUGUUACUAGUGACAUCUUGCAGAAGACACCCCUAAAACCACCAACCAGUCUGGAGUGGCCUUAUGUGAUUGGAGGGAGGAGCAGUUCUGUCACUUAAGCACAUGGAAAUGCUGACAUUACGCCUAGAAUCAGUGCUAUUUUUCUAGGAAAAGAGGUGACGGAACUCACCAUGAGCGCCUCCCUCUUUCUCUUAUAACGGCAAUGGUGCCCACCUGAUAAGUGCAGGAACUGAGUUCCGGUAAGUUCCAGCUGGGGAAAAAAGCCCUGCCUAAAAAUGGCACCAGGCACCCUGUGGAUUCAUGCAAGAAGGGUGGAUGGGGAAAUCAAAGAGGCGUUUGGAUCCUCACCGCCAACCACCAAGCUGCCCAACAACAGCAGCCACAGGCAAUUCCUAAUGCUCCGCUUUCCGCUUUCCGCAGAUGAGAACAGCAAUCAGAGUUCCAUUUCAGAGACCUCCUUGCUGAAAGGCGGGGACACCAGCCCCAGCUCCACCCUGGACCGCAGCCAGACUGUAACUCCCACCCCACUAGGGGAGCUCAAGGCGGAGGACUCUCAGCCUCCUUUGCUGGGGCAGGAAGGAGGUAGGUGAUGUUGUUGGCUAUUUGCAGUUUAGUAGCGCUGCAGAGAGCUUGCUGGGGAAGACCAUGCAUACAAGGAACUCAAAAAUAAGUUUAACAAAGGUUUUAAUAACAAAAACAAAAACUCCUUUUACACUAAAGAUAACAACAACAGACACGACACAACCCAACCACCAACCCAUCCCCAGGGUAAUCAGAGAGCUAGGUGCUGCUCCUUAUAUACUAUACCCAAUUGCUGACACAGCUUGAUUAACACAACUCAGCAGCACCUGCUAUGUUUCACAGCUGUAAGACUGGGUCUCGUUAUUUGCCCUGGCCCUUAAAGACAUACACAACUUGUGAAGCAAUAAUGAACCUUCACAUUUUAAAGUGACCAUUCAACAGAUGUAACUGUCACCCUGAAGGACCAGGUGUGUAGCCUGGGAGUCAUUUUGGACUCACAGCUGUCCAUGGAGGUACAGGUUAAUUCUGUGUCAGGGCAGCUGUUUACCAGCUCCAUCUGGUACGCAGGCUGAGACCCUACCUACCCACAGACUGUCUCGCCAGAGUGGUGCAUGCUCUAGUUAUCUCCCGCUUGGACUACUCCAAUGCACUCUACGUGGGGCUACCUUUGAAGGUGACCCGGAAACUACAACUAAUCCAGAAUGCGGCAACUAGAAUGGUGACUGGGGGUGGCCACCAAGCCACAUAACACCGCUCUUGAAAGACCUACAUUGGCUCCCAGCACAUUUCCGAGCACAAUUAAAAGUGUUGGUGCUGACCUUUAAAGCCCAAAAUGGCCUUGUCCCAGUAUACCUGAAGAAGCAUCUCAACCCCCAUCGUUCUGCCCGGACACAGGUCCAGUACCGAGGGCCUUCUGGUGGUUCCCUCACUGCAAGAAGCCAAGUUACAGGGAACCAGGCAGAGGGCCUUCUCAGUAGUGGCACCCGCCCUGUGGAAUGCCCUCCCAACAGAUGUCAAAGAGAAGAACAACUACCAGACUUUUAGAAGUCAUCUGAAGGCAGCCCUGUUUAGGGAAGCUUUUAAUGUUUAACAGACCACUGUAUUUUCUUUUCUUUUCUUUUUUAGACCACUGAAUUUUAAUACGUUUUUGGAAGCCGCCCAGAGUGGCUGGAGAAACCCAGCCAGAUGGGUGGGGUAUAAAUAAUAAAUUCCAUUCUAUUCUAUUCUAGGACGGUGAGGUUUUAAAUCCUUUUGUUUUACACUCCGUACUUGUUUAAUCUCUCCAUUUCUCUCUUGGGUGGCAGAGUCCGGAGUGUUGCUUCUGGAGGGGACAGAUGAACCUCCCAUGCUUACCAAAGAAGAGCCGGAUUCCAAGACGUCAGAGACCCAGGUGAGGGUGCUGAUCCUUGGAAGGGACGGAGCUCAGUGGUAGAGGCCCUGCUUUGCAUGCCAAAGCUCCCAGGUUCGAUGGCGACAUUUCCAAGUAGACCAUAUUCGGCUAGAUAGACCCAGUGACCUGACUCAGUCAGCUUCUUGCAUCUCCCUGAAAAUGGCAACGGACCUUGUUGCAGCAUGUUCCGUCUAGGGCUGAGUGGGACCAGCCAACCAGCUCCACAAAGUUUCUCCUUUGUGGCUGAAGCCGUACAAUAGACCUGUUUAAGUGUGGGGGCCUUUUGGGGUGAGGCUGGGGGAGGGGGGUCAAGGCAGAAUGUUUCUUGGAGAGGGUUUGUUACUUGGUAAGGCCCUAUUUAUUUUAUUUUAUUUUAUUUAUUAAAUUUAUAUACCACUGUUUUAAGAAAAACUGCUCCCUUUCCCUUAUGGGGUAUUCCAGAGCCCCUAUAGAGUUCUUAAGUGGAUUCCCCAUCAGUAGGAGAAAACAGAGGCAAACCAGAGUAUAUUGAGAAGCAAAGCCUGAUCUUUAUUCAAGGAACCUUUACAACAGGGUCCCCACUCAUUACAUGCAGGAGGGGGGAGAACCCUGAACAAUGGUGCGCAAGCCCUUAUAUAGACUUUUGAAAUUGCCCGCCCUGUAGUCUAAGACAUCAUACAUCACAGAAGGAGGCGGUCUACAGCAGAAACCCUGUCUGCCAGGAUACCUGAUAAUGGUCACUGAUUGCAUUACCUGGGCAGCCUGGCCAUUCUUUUGCGAUGGUUAAUGCUUUAGUUCCUGAAUCCAGGUCACAGGCUCACCCUAUUCAUACAUAAAUACACCCUUAAGACAGGAUUUGCAAGGAAAAAGACAAUGGCCUCCCUUACUGCAGAGGAAUAUUUGAGGUCAUUGGGAGAGUCAGUUUGGCUCUCCCAUACUAUUUCAGACACAUGGUUCAUAUAUUUAGAUAUGUGUGCAUGAAUAUUUAUUCUAUAUUUAUGAAUAUUUAUUCUAUAUUUGAGACCUUAAAAUUCUUAUAACACCACCCUCCAUCGAAAGAUCUCAGGGCAGUUCACAGAAUAAAAUACAAGGUAAAACACAAGUAAAUAAUAAAACCAAAAACAACAAAACAAUUACCGCCCCCCGCUUCCCACAGACACAUUUAAAAGGCUGUAGGAUAUUUAAGCAGAACUCUCAAAAGCUAAUCUUGCUCCUCCAACAUUUACAUUCAUGUGUGCUGUACGCCAGGUAUGGGGAACUUUUUUUUCAGAUUGAGGGCCACAUUCGUUCCUGGGCAGUCUUCUGGGGGCCCCAUUGGAGUGGUGGGCAGGGCUAGAGGCAGAAGUGGGUGUUCUCCCCUUGCUAUAGCAUGGACAUGAUCCUUUCCCUUCUCUUCCCCGCACAGGACACAGCAGGCCCUGCGAAGCCCGCGAAAGAGGCCUUCGAAGUACCAAUGCCUGAGGCAGAACAGCCGCCCGAGGCUCCGCCAUUGAAGCGCAUGCGCAGUGAGGCACAAGAGUCGGAGUCCAACCAGCCCUCAGAUGCUUAA